AUGGUAGAAUCACUUGAAUUGUGCCUGGGAAGUAAAGACCAAAAACGGACAGCAGAUUACAGAAGUGCAGUGGUAAAAACAGCUGGUCACCUUUCACAACAGAAUGUCUUGUCCGAAAAACCACAUGCUAUUAUCAAUACUCUUGUUGAAAUGCAGAGGAUUCUAUAUGCUGCUGAAUAUCUGCGAUGCCCAUCACUCAUUCUCCGAUACUACAAUCAGUCAUGGCUGCACUCAAUUCUGUUGAAAGAACUAAUUCAAAAACCCAAGAAGUUAACACGGCGAAAGUUGUUUGGUGUCUACUUUCACAACCUAAGCGCACAUGCAGGUAUGAUGCUUCGUCUGAUUUCUGGACAAACUUCUAAUGCAGAGCAACAAGAGAGAAUUUUCAACCACAUCAAGCGAAUUACCAGAUCAACAAGCAAUUAUCACCCAGAGCAAAUCAUUCCAAAUCUACUUGUUCGUCUUCAAGCAGAGAAAGAGAUGCAUCUACAUGCUGAUGAUGCAAGUCAACAACAAGCAGAAAUAAGCAAGCUUGCAGAACUGCUCCCCUCAAAUACCAACACCAGCAUCUCACUGAAAUUGAUCAGAAGACAUCCAAGAGAUUGGCAAGCUCAUCUACAGUGUAUCAGCGAUUUCCUCAUUGAGGGAGAGGGUGUUUGGUGGAGAAGAAAUGAAGACACAAUUGUAUUCAAUGACAUCGCAAACAGCCCAAGUGCGGACAACCAUGGCCCUCAACUCCACCAUUUCAGGUCCAGUUCCUAAAUGAAAGAGGAAACGUAUUUGCAGCGGUGUUGGCAAAAGUGCCUCGACGAAGAAAUUCCCAUACCUGCAGAGAUUGUCCGGGUUGAUGAGAAAGAUGACAGAGUAAAUGUCCGGCACACAACAUUCAUAAGUUUCAAUGAAUCAGAAGAUACUCAAGAUGAUCUAUCUACACCAGAAAAUAUCAUUGACAUUCAACCAGCCAAUGAAGAAAUAAUUACUCUGGCAGAAGAACCUGUAGAUUUGCAAGUUGAAGGUACAAGUCAUGAGAAAUCAAGCAUCAAUGACAUUUCAGUUACUCAAAAGCUUACUUCUGAGCAGACCAAUGUUAAAAGUGUUUACCCUUUGGUAACUUGUAUGGCAAAGUCAGCAGCGAUUGUGCUGGGAAACGUGCCAGAGGUUCAAAAGGUUGAUCAAAAACGGGUGUUACUCAAACAAAUUUUGAAAGCUCACCAAGGCCAAUGCAAUGAAAUGAGAAAGCAAGAAGCAAUAAAGGAAUACGAGAACAGUCUACUACUAAUAAAGUCCAAAGUUUUGGCAGAACACAGCAAAACCAAAAGACAGUUUGCAGAAUGGGAAAAGUCAUACUAUGAAAAGCAUAAUCUUAAAGCACCAACUUAUGAAAUUAUGAAAAAUGAUGAAGAAGCAUCAGUAUUGUUAAGAAAACUGAAAAAUGCGAAGGCAUUACUCAAAGAGUGGAACAUCAACUUUUAA